AUGGCGCUACUCAAAGUCAAAUUUGACCAGAAGAAGCGGGUCAAGUUGGCCCAGGGCCUCUGGCUUAUGAACUGGCUGUCCGUGUUGGCCGGCAUCGUCCUCUUCAGCUUGGGGCUGUUCCUGAAGAUUGAACUCCGCAAGAGGAGCGAAGUGAUGAAUAAUUCUGAGAGCCACUUCAUACCCAACUCCCUGAUAGUGGUGGGGGUGCUGUCCUGUGUCUUCAACUCUUUGGCUGGCAAGAUCUGCUAUGACGCCCUGGACCCUGCCAAGUACGCCAAGUGGAAGCCCUGGCUGAAGCCGUACCUGGCUGUCUGUGUCCUCUUCAACGCUGUCCUCUUCCUCGUGGCUCUCUGCUGCUUUCUGCUGCGGGGCUCCCUGGAGAGCACCCUGGCUUAUGGGCUCAAGAAUGGAAUGAAGUACUAUCGGGACACGGACACCCCAGGCCGGUGCUUCAUGAAAAAGACCAUCGACAUGCUUCAGAUUGAGUUCAAAUGCUGCGGCAACAACGGCUUCCGGGACUGGUUCGAGAUUCAGUGGAUCAGCAAUCGCUACCUGGACUUUUCCUCCAAGGAGGUCAAAGAUCGCAUCAAGAGCAACGUGGAUGGGCGGUACCUGGUGGACGGCGUCCCUUUCAGCUGCUGCAACCCCAGCUCACCACGGCCCUGCAUCCAGUACCAGCUCACCAACAACUCGGCACACUACAGCUAUGACCACCAGACUGAGGAGCUCAACCUCUGGCUGCGGGGCUGCAGAGCUGCCCUGCUGAGUUACUACAGUAGCCUCAUGAACUCCAUGGGUGUGGUCACACUCCUAGUCUGGCUCUUUGAGGUGAGCAUCACUGCUGGACUCCGCUACCUGCACACAGCGCUGGAGAGUGUGUCCAACCCCGAGGACCCUGCUGAGUGCGAGAGUGAGGGCUGGCUGCUGGAGAAAAGUGUGCCGGAGACCUGGAAGGCCUUUCUGGAGAGCAUCAAGAAGCUGGGCAAGGGCAAUCAGGUGGAGGCUGAGGGUGCCGAGGCAGGCCAGGCUCCAGAAGCUGGCUGA